GCACGGACUCUCCUGCACGGCAAGCCAAAUUCCAACAACGACGCCAACAUGAUCGUGGAGAUGUACAACGGCCCUAUUGGCCCGUCUUUGGCUCCUAGGCGCAGCACCAUCGAUCAUACCGGAACUUCGUCCCUGCUCGGAAACGUCGCGUCGAAUGGCCAUCCGGUGCGGUCGCGUUUCAACGGCACUUUCCAGAGUAUGGAGAAACUGACCGCGACUAACCCGUCGUCGACCAAUGACUCCCUACCCCCUUCCUCUGACGCAGGCUCCCGAAUCCCCAAUAUCUUCUCGCCCCAAUCGCCGAUCGGAAAUGGCGUCCAUGACCUCCCGCGUAUCAGUGGCAAGUCGAUGAUUGACCAGGACGUUGAUGAAGACACGGGCGAAAUACUCAAAGAUCCGGUGGGGUAUGCAGAAAAUGGACACUCGGGCUCGCUCCCUCGCCGGUCAACCAACCCCCAGUUCCCUACCAACCAGUUUGCCAACUUGUCUCUUGCGACGAACAUGUCCUCGCCGCCGUUGCCAAACUACGCCUCCGGCGCAUCCGUUCACGUGGGAAUGUCCAACGCUCCGGGCGCCUUCUCUCAGCAGUCUAUGACCAACAGCCUGGGCAACGCUCAUGCGCACCCUUACCCGCACGCGCACCAGGCUCGCCAUAGUCUUCCCGCCGCCAACCCGAAUGAUAUGAACCCACCCUGCAAUACCCUGUACGUUGGCAAUCUGCCCCCGGACGCGUCGGAAGAGGAGCUGAAGGCUCUCUUCUCCAAACAACGCGGCUACAAGCGUCUCUGCUUCCGCAAUAAGCAAAAUGGGCCCAUGUGUUUCGUCGAGUUUGACGAUGUGGGUACGGCGGGCAAGGCACUCAACGAGCUGUACGGGUACAAGCUUUCCAACAGCAUCAAAACCGGGAUUCGCCUGAGUUUUUCGAAAAAUCCCCUGGGGGUUCGGUCGGGUCAGCCUGGCUCUAAUAAUACAUCGAACGGCAUGGCAUCGCAGGUUCCGGUGUCCGCUGGCAGCAGUCUGGGCGGAAUGCAUAACCACAUGUUCUCUACGGUGAGCGGACCGCCUCCUGGACUCGGACCACCAAGUUUCAUUCCAUCAAUGCCAGUGCGUAAUGGCGCCAUGCAUCCGAUGGCUAACAAUGCCUCCUUCCAUGCAAAUACAGGCUUGGGUAUUCGGACGCAUGCCAUGAACCCCAUGUCUCCCCCUCCUCCACCGUCCAAUGGUGCCAGUUCCGGCGGUGCAUCAGGUUAUUACCCCGACUACAUGAUGGGUCGGUAAAAUGACACAGGAGUUCACCUUUUCUUUCUUUCUGUGGAACUUAUGUCCGACACGCUUGAUGACUGUUAGGGUACGUGGCGCAUUUUUGUGUUUUGGGGAGGUUUUUCAUUCACGAGUUAGAUCAAUCAGCAUUGGGAAGGGCUGCUCCCCUUCCUCUUGGGAGUAAGGAUCAUGGGUCCCUGGGCUUUUCUGUCGCUUGCUUUGGCUUGACUGUUUUUUUUUUUUUUUUUUUUUUUUUUUUUUUUUUU